AACCCCGCGUCACCCGGAAGUGAUGAUUCUGUCGACCAAUCAACGGAGGGCGUGUGUAGCUAGAAUUUCCCGGGACCCUUUCGGGCAUCUCGUCUCGUUUUCAGUACCCCAACGGAGGAGUCCUGAAAACGAGGCCAAAACUGGCCAAAACGGGUACGGCUAAGUCCGGGUCAUGCCCACUUUUGGCGGUGGAAACGCGACCCGAUCCGCACCUUUGCGAUCCGAUCCGUUCCGCACCCUGCAGUGGAAACGCGCCAUUAGGUCAUGGUUUUCUGAAUGGAGUCAUCCUGUUUAGACUUGGCCCUGGAGGGCGAGCGACUGUGCAAGGCGGGCGACUACAGAACUGGCGUCUCGUUCUUCGAAUCUGCCAUCCAAGUGGGAACGGAGGACCUGCAGAUACUCAGUGCCAUUUAUAGCCAGCUUGGCAACGCCUACUUUCACCAGCAAGAGUACCCCAAGGCCCUGGAGUACCACAGUCAUGACCUAACACUCACCCGAACCAUCGGUGAUGAACUUGGGGAAGCAAAAGCCAGUGGUAAUCUGGGGAACACACUCAAGCUUCUGGGCCGGUUUGACGAAGCUGGGGUUUGUUGCCAAAGACAUCUCGACAUCACCAGGGCCAUGUAUGACCGGGUUGGGCAGGCCCGUGCUCUGUAUAAUUUCGGGAACGUUUACCACGCCAAGGGGAAAAGCAUUUGCUGGAUUAGAGCAGAGCCGGGAGAGUUCCCUGAGGAUGCCAGGACAGCCCUGAAGAAGGCCACACAGUUUUAUGAAGCAAACCUGUCCUUGGUGCAGGAGAUGGGCGACCGGGCCUCUCAGGGUAGGACCUACGGUAACCUUGGCAACACGUACUAUCUACUGGGGGACUUUGAAAAAGCUGUUUCCGCCCAUGAAAAGCGUUUGCUGAUAGCCAAAGAGUUUGGGGAUAAGUCAGCUGAGCGAAGAGGCCACUGUAACCUUGGCAACGCACACAUCUUCCUCUGUCAGUUUGACGUAGCCGCUGGCCAUUACAAGAGGACUCUGCAGCUUGCCAGGCAACUGAAGGACAGGGCAGUGGAGGCCCAGGCGUGUUACAGCCUGGGGAACACGUACACACUCCUGCAGGACUAUGAAAGAGCCAUCGAUUACCAUCUCAAGCACCUCAUCAUCGCCCAGGACCUUGAAGACCGGGUUGGCGAGGGCAGAGCGUGCUGGAGUCUAGGAAAUGCCCACACUGCUCUAGGGAACCAUGAGCAAGCCAUGCACUUUGCUGAGAAACAUCUGGAGAUUGCCAAAGAGACUGGAGACAAGAGUGGUGAGAUGACGGCCAGGAUGAACCUGUCCGACCUGCGGCUGGUGGUGGGCCUCAAAUCCACCGCCAACCUCCAUCCCCACAGCUACUGCCACAGCGCCAAUAGCUCCGCUCAGGCCGCCAGCUACCAGGCUUACUACAUGCUAGCAGGAGUCAAGGCAGUGUCUCCGAUUCAAAACAUUACAGAAAGUCUGCAGUUGCCUGGUUCAAAUACAGACAAAAGACAAACUGGUCAUUCAGAGCAAGAGCUGAAUGAGGAGGUUCCCAUAAAGUCUUCCAAGAAUAACACGAUCAAGGCAUCAACAAAGCUCUUCCUGUUCAACCGCUUAAAAAGCAAAAAGCAGAAGAACAGUCAGUCUCCUCCCAAUUGCCCCAAGGAUGGCAGCAGUGAUGGUUCCGUAUUUGAGUCAGAACUGACAUCGUUUGCUCAGUCUGGAUCCCGGGACACCCUGGGAGAAGAUGGCUUUUUCGACCUGCUGUCCCGUUUCCAGGGCAGCAGAAUGGAUGACCAAAGGUGUUCCCUAUUGGAAAGACAAAGCAGUGUCCCUGUGUCCACCUCCCCCUGGUCCACCCUACCUGUAGCCAAGAAGAAAUGUCAUUUGGCCGGGGAAGUACCGUCCUCGGAUCAAGGGCAUUUUCUGGAGCUGAUGGCCUGCUCCCAGGGCUGUCGCCCGGACGACCAGCGAGUCAGCGAGAGCCAUUUUCCUGGCUUUCGACUCAGCAACUCAUCCCCUCCGCCCACACUCUCCACCUCUAAGCCAGAGCAAGCUAAUGCCCAAGCCCCCAUCUCCAGUAGCGAUCCUCCCCCCACAUCCUCCCGCGGCAGUCACCUGGACCCAUCUGCUGAGACCCCCGAGGGGAACGACUUCUUCGCCAUGCUUAUGAAGUGCCAGGGUUCCAGGCUUGACGACCAAAGAUGUGCGGCCCCUCCACCUGCAGCCCGGGGCCUCACAGUCCCAGAUGAGGACUUCCUCAGCCUCAUCCUGCGCUCCCAGAACAAUAGGAUGGAGGAGCAGCGAGUAGCGCCACCCCCUGGCGGCUCACAGUCCAAACCCGAUUGAGUCCCGCAGGGUAUUGUUUCUCACACAGGCCAUCUCAGGAUAUGAUUUGCGCCUCCGAGACCCCAUUAGUCUCCUUACUGCAGCAUCCUCAUGAUCAUAUUCCAGGAACUAAUCUAUAUGAAUAUGAGGACUCUUUGGAUUUGAUCACUGGACAUUUUUAUGCUGCAUUCAUUUGACAAAUGGGCUUAAUUUCACACAAUUCCAUCUCUUCUGAUAUCUUUGAUUCAAUCCUGCCAAUUUUCGGUUCCCCUUAUUGGCAGGAUUUUAUAGCACCAUUAGGCCUCUGAAAGAGUAAAAGUCACCUAAGACACAACGUGCAAUGGCUGCAGCCAGACCCGGCAACAGGAUUUAUUAGGCAGAAAUUAACAUCACUUACUGAUGACACAAGAGGGAUAACAAUCUUUUAUGUAUUUGCAACCACUUGUGACCGUAAGAAUACAGGCCAGUGCACUGCUUUAAAAACAUGGAGAAUUCAUUACCAAGCUGUCUUGCCACCAGAGUGCGCUAACACGCUGGGUAUGACAAGAGAAAGUAAUGUCACAAAACUAAGGGGGCACAAUAUUUUAAAUGAGGGAGCAUUGCACCCUUUCUGAGAAAUGAGUUUAAAUAUAACCUAAUUCCGCUCCAGAGGAUCAAGAUGCCAUAAUUGGAUUGAAUAUGUUCAUGUGGCGUUGAUUACAUGCCAUAAAGACCUUUUAACCAAUAGAGUGAUAUAGAGGAAGUCCCACAGUGGUACACAUUGACCUCAAGAUGCUUGUUUGCUUCAAAGAAGGGAGAUUAAUGAAUGAUUAACUUGCCGUUGUUCCAAACCUCUUGUUGUCUACAUUUCUAUUAAGGGUUGACUAACUCUAACUCAUUUUUUCAAAAAUGUAAAGCUUUGAUUUUCUACAUUUCUAUUGCUAUUGGCUAUUGUCCUUCCCAUGUACAUAUUGAAGAAGAACUUAAAAAUGAGACCAGAAACACAUUUUAUAUUUUUUAAUAAAACCAUUUGAUCAUCAAGAAGCAGAAUAUAUUUUCCUAAACUUUUAAUAAUGACUUGCGAAGUGCACUACUUUUAUUAUUAUUUUCUAGCUUCAUGGUUUAAAAGUAUUUUGUAGUAUUAUAUCAAUUGUGUUUUACUAUUUUUUUAUAUUCAAAGCAUUAUUGCCAUAAUAAAAAUCCUACUCUUAACUCUUAAA